ACUCACUCUGAAAAUCAUUUAAAUCAGUGAAUCGUUUACUGGAGACUCACUCUGAAAAUCAUUUGAAUCAGUGAGUUGCUAACUGGAGAAUCACUCUGAACGAAUCUUUAUUGUACAAUACUUUGUUUUGGAUUAUAACGAAGUAAAAUCUGCUUGUACUGAAGCGAAGUAAAAAGACUUCAUUACCGUGCCCACUACUGAUCAAUUAUCAGGUAGUUUAACCCUUCGUGCAGGUUUGUCCUGGUUCUCUCCUGACACACUGAAUCACGGCCAUGUUGUGUAAUUAGUUCAGUGUGUGUUACUGCUGCUCUGAGAUCAGUUGUGUUGAGUGUGUGUCGAGUUGUUUCACACCAUGACAGAUGAUUCCAGAUCAGUGUUGAAGAGGGUUAAGAAGAUUAUGAGUGUGUUCAGAGAUCAAGAGACACACACACACACAUAGAGAGAGAGAGAGACUGCGGUAAGAAGAGCUUCACGCUACAUUACAGUUGUUAUAGUGUGCUGUUACCAGUGUGUGUGUGUGUUUGUAUGUGUGAUGGUGUGUGUUUUAUGAGCAGAUGAAUGAAUCAGGCCUGUGUGAUUAUGCUGGAAUAUUGGGAGACAGUGACGACAGUGAUGACGAUCUAAACCUAGCCAAGCAGUUAGCGGCUUCCUGGGAGAGUUUAUCUAUCAUGGACAGACUGGGAUUGAAGAGCAGUGCGGACAUGACAGAGCAGGAGGUGGAGAGCGCGUUUACCCAGUUUGCGAUGGGUUUUCACUGCGACCAGUACACGCUAACACAGCGUCUGCAGGCGGAGCGACACGACCGUAUCGUGGCGGAGGAGAACCUGCAGAGAGAACUGCGGCAAACCAGAGACAUGCUGCAGGUGUUGUAUGAGCGCCUCCCAGAGGUGGACAGCAGAAACAUGAUUCAGCAGAUGAACAGCAACCUGCAGUCGCUGGAGAGCAAUGUGGACAAUGUUGUCAAAACUGCAGAGAUGCUCGGAGCUGCACACCAGGAGGCGCGAGUCAGUCACGCGGUGGAGCUGAUGUCUGUACACCUGGAGCAUCUGCAGAAACGCCACGCUACAGAGAGUGAGGAGAUGCUGGAGGUCAGGAAACUGCUGCACAGGAGGACAGGGCGAUUAUACAGCGACUGCACGGAUGACAGAGAGCUGUUCAGAUAUUCAUCACAACAGCCAACUCGCCGCAGGGUUAGCAUCACCUUACUCCCGACUCAGUCUGAGAUGAAGCAGUUAGAAACUUUAUUUCUGGACAACUGCAAAUCUAAAACCCCUGAUGAACAAACGGACAAGCGACAGGAAGAUUCUCCCUUCAUCAGUCUGAGUCAAGAUGAUGAUGGCGACAGCAGUGUGUUUCAAAGUGUGACACAGGUCUCACCAUUGUGUCGCCGCCGCCUUAAUUCUCAACUCGAACCAACAGGAAGUUCAUUUGAGGGGGAGGAGCCAGCGAAAGGGGAGGAGCCUAACACUGAGCUAUGUCUCACUGCAGAUCGGCGCCCCCUGCUGCCCUGGAGGUCUUCAUACGGAUGGAUCGUCAGAAUUAUAUUCAUUCUAAUAAUGCUGAUGAUAAUAGCGCUUUUAUAUUAAUUUGUGAAUAUCAGUAUCCGUACAAAUGACGAAUGAUUUGACAUCAUUUAAUUUGAAAGCACUAAUUAUGUAAAAGUGACCAUCGCUAAUGAUUUAUGAAUUAUAUGAAUUAGAGAUUUGUGUGAAUGUAGAUCCCUCUGUUUCCUGCAGGCGGCGGUAUUGAGCUGCUCAUUUACUCAUUAGCAGAUGAAUUUAACUGGAUUAUAGUGUUAAAUUCACUUUAAGCUUUGUCAAGUGCAUGUGUGUGUCCUGAACACAGAGUGCAAUUAAAUAUUCAGAUUUAAUAUUGUCCUGAAACAGGUGCACGACUAUAGCAGCUGAUUAAUGACAGUGAUUAACAGUAUUUAUAUUCAGAGACACUGAGAAGCUUCAGGCGGACUGAUCGAUGAUCUGCUCGAUUACAUUGCUCAGCUAAUAAAUGCAUUUGUAUUCAUUUCUGCAGUUUAAUGUGUGCUGUGAAUGAGAGAAAUAUACCCAUAUAAUUGAGGAGUAAAGGAGGAGAGCGAGCCUUU